AUGGUUGUUGUGUUGCGAUAUGUAGAUAAAUAUGGGCGUGUGAUUGAACGAUUUGUGGGAAUUGAACAUGUGGCCAAUACCACAGCUAUGUCACUUAAAGGUGCUAUUGAUAAAUUAUUUUCUAGUUAUGGAUUAAGCAUAUCUAAAUUACGGGGACAAGGUUAUGAUGGGGCAAGCAAUAUGCAAGGGGAGUUUAGUUGUCUUAAAACUCUUAUUUUGAAUGAGAAUCCAUCAGCUUUUUAUGUUCAUUGUUUUGCUCACCAACUUCAACUUGCUCUUGUAGCUGUCGCAAAGAAACAUAUUGUAGUUGCUUAUCUUUUUAGUGUGGUAACUAUGGUGAUAAAUGUCGUUGGAUGUUCUUCUAAGCGUUGUGAUAUUCUUAGAGAAAAGCAAGAUGUUAUUAUUUCUGAAGCACUUAAGUGUGGUGAAAUUUCAAGUGGAAGAGGGCUAAAUCAAGAAACCAAUCUUAAACGUCUUGGUGAUAUUCGUUGGGGUUCACAUUAUGCUACAUUGUCUACAUUUAAUGAAAGCAUUGUUGUCUCAACCUUUUGUGCUAAAUAUAAUGUGGAUGUUCCUGAUAUGGAUGAUACAUUUGUUGCCCAAGAGCUAAAUGAACGUUUCAAUGAGGUAAACACCGAACUACUUCUUCGUUUAGCUUAUUUGUGCCCUGGUGAUUCAUUUGUAUCUUUUGACAAAAAAAAGUUGGUCCGGUUUGCUGAGUAUUAUCCCAAAGAUUUUUCUACUUUUCAGCUUAUGAUACUCAAUGAUCAACUUGAAACUUACAUUAUUGAUGUAUGUUCUACUGAGAAGUUCUUGGGUUUAAAAAGUAUUGGUGAUCUUUCUCAAAAAAUGGUCGAGACAAAGAAAAAUAUUGUCUAUCCACUGGUGUAUCGACUUAUUACAUUGGCAUUGAUUCUACCUAUUGUUACUGCUACGGUGGAAAGAGUAUUUUCUGCUAUGAAUAUUUUGAAAAAUAGAUUUCGUAAUCGAAUGGGAGAUUAG